CCUUGUCGCAAAAGUGGAAGCUUGAAUAUUUACCUGCAGCCGUUUCCAACUACAAACACACGACCUAUCCCAGCACACCCGGCAGGAAUUUGGUAGAGGGGUAUUCAACAUGGCUGCAGAACAGCGGAAGUUGCUCGAGCAGCUUAUGGGCGCACCGCAAAAGCGCGCCGCACAGUCGCUCACCGAUCCGACAGUCUGCCGCUCUUUCCUCGUGGGCACGUGUCCCCACGAUCUGUUCAUCAACACGAAAAAGGACGCCGGCCCUUGUCCCAAGUCCCACGCCGAGUCCCUCAAGCAGGAAUACGAAGCGCUGCCCGAGGCUGCGAAGCAGAAGUACGGCUUUGAGCACGACUAUCUCCGGGAUCUGCAGAAGUACAUAGACGAGUGCAACCGCUGGAUAGAGACCGCGCAGCGACGCCUCGAGAAGACCCCCGACGAGAUUCGGCAGACCAACGUGCUCCUCAAGACCAUCUCGGAACUCAACUCGACCAUCGACUGCGGGUUGACCGAGGUGCGUGUCCUGGGCGACCUGGACGAGGUGUCGCGGGCAUACGAGGAGUUCUUCCGCGUACGCCAGGCUAUGCAGACCAAGGCAGAACGUGAGCGUGAACUCAAGAACCUAAGCGACACGGGUGGUCCAUCCGGCCACCAGAAGCUACAGGUCUGUGAUGUGUGUGGAGCAUAUCUUUCUAGGCUCGAUAACGAUCGGCGAUUGGCGGAUCAUUUCUACGGAAAAAUGCACCUUGGUUAUGCCCAAAUGCGUAAAACCUACGACGCAUUGGUCAAAGAACGUGGUCGUGGGCGCCCCCCACCUAUGAUGGAUGACGGCCCUCGUGACGAUGGCGAUGGCUGGAGAGGUGGUCCAAGGGGUCCGAGGCGUGGAGGAGGCGGCGGCGGAGGUGGUGGUUAUGGAGGACGAAGUGGUCGCGGAUUCCGCGGUGGCUGGUGAGAGGCCACUUGACGGAGGCUGCCUUCUUCUUUGCACAUGUUCUGGAGUUUGGGCGUUGUUGAUGGGGUUAAGCAGGGGCAUAACUAAAGCAAUUUUGCAUGAUAUCACUGUACAAACAUGCCAUGAGAAAUUUACUAUUUAUUUGCGUGUUCUCAUAACUGAGAACAUUAAUGCGUAAAACCACGCUU